UACAGGAAAUGUGCAGGAAAAUACAGGGAAAUGGAAAUACAGGAGAUAUACAGGGAAAUGGAAAUACAGGAAAAUACAGGGAAAUGGAAAUACAGGAAAUGUGCAGGAAAAUACAGGGAAAUGGAAAUACAGGAAAUAUAUAGGAAAAUACAGGAAAUGGAAAUACAGGAAAAUACAGGGAAAUGGAAAUACAGGAAAUAUACAGGGAAAUGGAAUACAGGAAAAUGCAGGGAAAUGGAAAUACAGGAAAAUACAGGGAAAUGGAAUACAGGGAAAUGGAAAUACAGGAAAUAUACAGGAAAUAUGCAGGAAAAUACAGAAAAAUGGAAUACAGGAAAAUACAGGGAAAUGGAAUACAGGGAAAUGGAAAUGCAGGAAAUACACAGGAAAUAUGCAGGAAAAUGGAAUACAGGAAAAUACAGGGAAAUGGAAAUAUACAGGAAAAUACAGGAAAAUGGAAUGCAGGAAAAUACAGGGAAAUGGAAUACAGGAAAAUACAGGGAAAUUGAAAUACAGGAAAUAUACAGGAAAAUACAGGAAAAUGGAAUGCAGGAAAAUACAGGGAAAUGGAAAUACAGGAAAUAUACAGGAAAAUACAGGGAAAUGGAAAUACAGGAAAUAUACAGGAAAUAUGCAGGAAAAUACAGGAAAAUGGAAUACAGGAAAAUACAGGAAAAUGGAAUACAGGGAAAUGGAAAUACAGGAAAUAUGCAGGAAAUAUGCAGGAAAAUACAGGAAAAUGGAAUACAGGAAAAUACAGGGAAAUGGAAAUACAGGAAAUAUACAGGAAAAUACAGGAAAUAUGCAGGAAAAUACAGGAAAAUGGAAAUACAGGAAAUAUAUAGGAAAAUACAGGAAAUAUGCAGGAAAAUACAGAAAAAUGGAAUACAGGAAAAUACAGGGAAAUGGAAUACAGGGAAAUGGAAAUACAGGAAAUAUACAGGAAAAUACAGGAAAAUGGAAUACAGGAAAAUACAGGGAAAUAUGCAGGAAAAUACAGGAAAAUGGAAUACAGGGAAAUGGAAAUACAGGAAAAUACAGGGAAAUGGAAUACAGGGAAAUGGAAAUACAGGAAAUAUACAGGAAAAUACAGGAACUAUGCAGGAAAAUACAGGGAAAUGGAAUACGGGGAAAUGGAAAUACAGGAAAUAUACAGGAAAAUACAGGAACUAUGCAGGAAAAUACAGGGAAAUGGAAUACAGGGAAAUGGAAUGCUGCAAUCACAGACUGGUUGGGGGUGGAAAGGACCACAGACAUCACCUGGGCCACCUCACACUCAUCCCCAAGCACUUGUGGAAGAGCACAGGCUGGCCAGACAUGGUGCCCACUGGUCUGUACUGGUGAAGAUCAGAAGUGAUCAGCUGAACAAUGCUGAGGUUUGAAGUGUUUUAUGAGCAUUUGGGUUCAUCCUUGGUCUCAGAUUGGGCAAUGAACCCUCUGCAAGCUGGUGGCAUCAGGAAGACAUGAUUUUAUUUCAACUAGAAGGUUUUUUUUAGAGUGUGGAAUGAGAGUUGUUUUUGAUAUAUUCUGCUAACAUAUCCCUACAUUACUCUUUGCUCUUUAGGUUUUUGAAAGUCAGGAUUCUUUCUAAAGCCUAUUUUAUAAAAACCUGGUUUUGUGAGAUUGUGAUAAUGUCUCUACCAGCUGGAUGUCUAGUAUGAAGAGACAUUCAUGCUCGUGGCUUGAUUCUUGACCAAAUGGCUCCUAGUUUUACAAAUGUAUUGCAUUUGCAACAUUAUAAUUAUGGGUUAUUUCAUAUUCUAUACAAAGAGAAUAUUCUAUACAAACAGCUCUGCUCCUCCUCUCUCCUUCAUGGUGCAGCCUCAGCCCCUUCCCUGCUCCCAGCAGGCUCCUCCUCUCUCCAAAAAACCCCAGACCACAUCUUGGAGUUUGGCAGGCUGAGCUCUCCAGCUGAGGAAGCAGCGAGUGCUCCUCGUGCAGCAGAUGAAAGGACACAGACACACAUUGCCCCAGAUCCACCCCCAGCAGAUGCUGACACACAACUGCUUCUAACUGGGGGCUGUUCCACUCAACCAGAGGGGCUUGGAAGUAAAACUGGUUGAUUUCUCUGAUUUUUUUUCACU